AUGCUGCGACUUCGCGCUCUGAGCGGUGAGCAGCUUUUCGUAGUGAACCCGCUGGAGCAAACAUCUUCGGACAGCGUGCUGAAUACGUUAAGGUCCAUGGUGGCUGGUCACUUUGGAAUCCUUCAGGGUCGUGUGGACCUUCAUUCCAUGGAUGAGUCUCGGCCAAUCGGCCGGUGCGUUGUUUGGCAGAAUUCCGAACAUUUCUUGGCAGGCCAGGAUUUGGAUGUUCUGAUGCUCCUGCGACCAUUUCGAUCUGGCUGUGAGGACGAGCUAGUCUCUGCCAUACAGAGGGAAGACGGGAACUACGUGGAUCGGCUGCUUGCAAGCUGGGUGGAUCCGAACGUUGACUUGACGGAUUAUGGUGGUCUCAGGCGGCGAGUGCGGUGGACUCCUCUUUGUUUUGCUGCACAAAUUCCUGGCGCGAAUUGUCGCAUCGCUGCGAGCCUUCUUGCCGCGCGAGCCACAUUCGAGACCGAAAAAACAGCUCUCUGCUGCGCUUGCAGCGUCUACAAUGUGCAGAUGGCGCAAUUCUUGGUCUUCUGCUUAGCUGAUGUCAAUCGCCGAGACUGGCGAAUGGACUCGCCUUUGCUCAUUGCUGCGUCGAUGGGUUCCAGGUCCUUGGUGCAGGUUCUGUUGCGAAAUGCGGCGGACGUCACCCAGGAAGAUGGGUUGGGUCGUGGUCCCAUCGAAAGGUGUUUCAUGGACUCUUCGAUCGAGCCAGUCCUGUCUCUGAUGCGAGCUAGAGCUACGGUGCGACCUUACACGCACAACUGUCAUCUCCUUCAUCAAGCCGCUGAAAGGGGCAGCCACAGGUGGGUGGCAUGUUUGGUGCGGGCGCGAGCUAGCCCGGAGCUUCGCGACGCGUUGGGACAUCUUCCGCUCGACGUGGCACUGCGCCGGUCUGGUUUCCGGCGUCGGGCUCAAUUCAGACGAUGCCUAGCGGGCUUGGAGCUGGAAGAAGAUAUGACCACCCGCACGAAGAGUAGAGGCCGAAUCGCUGCGUGA